GGAACCGGUAUCCUCUGGACCAUCAGCUAGUGCUAUUGUCUUGCCUUCAUUCGCCUUCACUCUUCCCACUGCCCUUUCCUCUCAAAUGUUGCCCUUCAUUAUCCCAUUCUUAUUGAAGUUACAGCCGGUUGCUAGGAAAUUUCCCCUUUACGUUGAACUCAAAAUCCAGUUUGGGGACGACCCUCCGCUAUUUUUCCACUGUCUCAUUUUUCUCUGCAUGGUCGCAAUCGUAUGUCCCUCGCGAAUGCAGAAUUUAUCUUCGAUAUUUGGCCCACCAAUAGAUGAGAAGAGCACAAGUCAUCGAAUAAGACAUUCUCUCGUCAUCCAGACCAUCAUGAUUCACCGUUUCUUAAAGCCGUAAAGGUGAAUGUAAGAUUUUUUCGUUCCCUGAACCCUACAGCAAGAAAUGCGAAGCGUCGGAUGGACGAAAUGAAAAACACGCCAAC